AUGGGCGUAACCACCCCAGUCUUCAUAAUGUACGACCCCGUAUACGGAUACUCCACCUGGAAUGCGUACCACUCCAAAUUCGUGGUACAACUCUACAAUUCGCGUAUUUUAUCUCGCAAAAUGGAGAAUGAAGAAAAGAACGACAAGACAAGCAACGUCAAGCAACCUCGCACGGAAACAUCGCAGGAGUCGACUGACAAUGGGACAACUCCCGUCGAAACCGCCUUUAACGAAAGUGUGAAUAACGAAACAGAUCCCGGAGCAGCCGCCCCCGACGACGGCAGACCACGGAACAGUUCGUCGCUGUGUGGGGAAGUGAUUCAGCAGAAGUCGUCGUCGUUAGCAUGUCGUGGCCUUUCUGGGAAGAUCCGUAACCUCACUACUCAAACGGCCUUGAGGAGAAUUUGGGAGUUGCCUGUUGCGGCACUGUUUUUGGCAAGGCUAGAACUGGCAGCCACGGCAUGUGGAGUUUCACGAUCGAAGUCAAGAAGGGAGAAACUACUUGAAAAGUAUGGAGAAGAAUGGAGAGGGAUGCUCCGACGUCUCAUCCACAGCAAGCUGAAGGAGGAGAAGGAUGUGACCAGAGAUGAAGUGCUCGAGGAAAUGAGUGUUGUAUCCUGA